AUGCCUGGCGGCCGCGCCAAGCGCGGCCGCGCGCAGGCCGCCGAUCCGACAGCAGCCGGCACGCACGACGACGCGCACGACGACGCGCCCGCGAGCGGCAUGACCGCGCUGCACCGCUGGCGCUCGCCGCCGUGGCGCGUCGCGGCGGCGACGGCGCUGUCGGCGUGCCCGGACGGCAGCGCGGUCGCGGCCGCGUAUGAGGACGGCCGUGUGGAGGCCGUACCUGGGUGGGAGGGCGCUGACCUGUCGAGCCUCGCCUGGGCCCACGACGCGUUCGCGCGCCGCUGGCGCCUCUUCGCCGCCUCCCUCGACGGCGCGAUCUACGAGGUCGACUUCGAGCGCCAGCAGCUGGCCCACGCCUCGGACUCGUACGGCGGCGCGGUGUGGGCGCUCGCGGCGGCGCCGGGCGGCGGCGGCGGAAGGGGGGAUGGUGGUGGCGGCGACAGCCAUGACUUGGUGGCGGCCUGCGACGACGGCAGCCUGCGCCUGCUGCGCGUGAACGCGGGCGCCGCCGGGUGCGAGUACGUGCGCAUGCUGGCAAAGGCGGAGGGCCGCGCGCUGGCGGUCGCGUGGCACCCGGACGGCAAGGCGGUCGUUGGCAGCGGCAGCGACGGCUGCAUCCACGCCUACGAUGUGGCGAGCGGCCGCGAGCUGAUGCGCAUCACCGCCGCCGUCCACGCCGCCGCGCCGCCCUGCAUCUGGUCGCUCGCCGUGCUGCCCGACGGCACGAUUGUCAGCGGCGGCAGCGACGGCGCCACCCAGUUCUGGGAGGGGCGCUUUGGCACGCUGAUAUCGCGGCUGCAGCAGCACGUGGCGGACGUCUUGGCCGUCGCCGCCAGCGCAGACGGCAGCCUGGUCUACUCGGCAGGCGUCGACCCCCGGGUCGCCGUUUUCAAGCGCGUCCCCGACGCCGGCACUGGCGCCGAGCGCUGGGCGUACCUCGCGCACAAGUCCCCCCACUCCCACGAAAUCCGCGCGCUGGCCGCGGCGCCCAGGGGCGCGGGCGCAGACGAGCUGCUGCUGAGCGGCGGCGUGGACGGGCAGCUGGUGCUGUAUCCGGCGCUCAGGAUACUGCAGGAGCACCCCGUGCGCCUGACCAAGGCGCCGCAGGCGCCGCUGCUGCAGCUCGCGCCCCGCGGGCCCGGCGGCGCGCCGCGCCUGGUGGUUGCCCAGGGCCGAACCCUCAGCCUCUGGCGCCUCGGCCGCGCCGCGCCCGCCCGCGCGGCGCCUGCUGUAGCCAGCGGCGAUGCGGGCGCUGCGGCGCAGUCAGGCCCAGAUCUGGCGGUCCCAGACCACGAGCAGGAGGGCGAUCCCUUGGACCUGUCCGAGGCGCCCGGCUGCCUCGCAGAGCUGCGCCUGCGCGGCCCGCGCCACUAUUGA